UCCUCUGCGGGAGGCCCGGGGUGGGGCUUUGCCGAGCGAGGAGCCGGAGCGCGGCCGCGCACCCCGUCUCGGUGUGCCCGGUGCUAUGCGAUGCUCCCUGAAGCGCUCCCUCUCGGCUGCGCUCGCAGUCUCCUUCCUCCUCCUCCUCUUCCUCUACGGGGGCAGCCGGCAGGAGCAGGAUCCCCCAGAGGUGGAGCUCGGGGCCUUGGCCCCAGACGCGGUCCUGCAGCUGCUGCAGCCGGAAGGAGCCCAGCGCAUCCUCAGGGACACAGACGGCCUCUCUGCACUGCACAACGUCUCCUACCACCUCCUGGCUGGCUCCCUGCCACCCCACAAAAAAUUCCUGGCGGUGGGACUGGCAUCGGUGCGGCGGCCUCGUGGCUACUACCUCCCAGCCACGCUCCAGUCCCUCUUCAAGCAGUCGACAGAGGAGGAGCUGCAGGAGAUGGUGGUGGUGGUGCACUUGGCUGACGCAGACCCCACGUGGAACGUGCGUGUGGCCGCCAGCAUCGCCACCAGGUUUGCUCAGCACAUCCUCCUGGGCCGGCUCCUGCUCAUCCACGCUCCCCACGAGUCCUACCCCACCCUGGAGGGCCUCAAGAGGAACUUCAAUGACCCGGAGGAGCGGGUGAGGUUCAGGUCCAAGCAGAACGUGGACUACGCUUUCCUGCUCGCCUUCGCCGCCAACCUCUCCUCCUACUACCUGAUGAUCGAGGAUGAUGUGUGGUGCGCCAAGUCCUUCUUGACGGCCAUCCGCAAGGCUCUGGCUUCCCAGGAGGGCUCCAACUGGGCCACGCUGGAGUUCUCCAAGCUGGGCUACAUCGGGAAGCUCUACCGCUCCAGUGACCUUCCUCGCCUGGCUCGCUUCCUCCUCCUCUUCUACCAGGAGAUGCCCUGCGACUGGCUGCUGGUGCACUUCCGCCUCCUGCUCACCCAGAAGGAUGCCAUCCGCUUCAAGCCCUCCCUCUUCCAACAUAUGGGCCUCUACUCCUCCUUCCAGGGCACUGUCAACAGGCUGGAGGAUGACGAGUUCCAGGCUGAUGCCAUGGACCUGCCUGACAACCCUCCAGCGGCCUUGUUCACCACCAUGUCCGUCUUUGAGAACUACGAGCCCCUCAAGGCCUACAGCACCACUGAGGGGUACUUCUGGGGGAAGGACCCAGCAGCCGGCAGCACCUUCUCCAUCGUGUUCCAGCAUCCAGCCCGGGUCACCCGUGUCCGGGUGCGCACGGGCUCUGCCGAGCGCCGGGGGGACAUCCUGCACGCUGGGGUGCUGGAGCUGGGCCGGCGGCGCCGCGACGAUGGCCGGGACUGCUCUGCCUACACCAUGGUGGGCACCUUUGAGAAGGGGAGCUGUGAGCAGCGGGGGCUGGAGAGAGGCGUCCCAGGGCCUGUGGAGUGUGUCAGGAUCCGGGUGACCCGGGACCAGAGCGAGUGGCUCAUCAUCCAGAGCAUCGAGAUCUGGACCGCAGCAGGCAGCUGACCAUGGAGGAGGCAGGUUACCAGCGUUGGUGCAGUUUGUACUCAGAGGUUCCUUGGUUUCCCCACUCCUUUUUUUUUGGGUGAGGAAUUAAAUUAUUGGCUCCUG